AUGGCGUCCAACGAAGAGGUAAAAAUCCUUUUGAAAUAUUGGGUGGACGUUAAAAGAAAUCGUGUAAUUGUUGCGGAAGCAAGUGGGGACCUUGUAGAUGUUCUCUUCAGUUUCCUUACCCUUCCAUUGGGAACUAUCAUCCGCCUUUGGAACACCUCUGAACAACAAGUAGGCCAUGACAACAACUCCGAACAACCUGGUUGUAUCAAGAAGCUGUGCCAGAAAUUUAAGGAUAUUUUGGGGCUUCGGUCUGAACAACAAGUAGGCCUUGGUUGCAUCAAGGAGCUGUACAAAAGUGUUAAUAAUUUGGAGUCCGAUGUUUUCAGGAACAACAACUGCCAGAAAAUGUUGCAUUCUCCGCGCAACCCUUUAGAGAGCUCUUGCCAGAGACUAAAAGUGAAAGUGGAUGAUACAAAACCCACAAAGUAUUUCAUGUGUCAUAACUGUUUAAAAGAAGGAAGUAAAUUGUUAGUGAGUUCUUUUUCUGAUGUAAAGUGCGACUGCGGGUCAUUGAUGAGAAAAGAAAUAGAAAUGACAGAAGAGCCUGCUGGUGAAGAUGGUGUUUUUGUUAAAGGAAAUGCCAUGUUCUUCAUCUAUGAUGACUUGAGAGUGCGCCGAAGCUCACCAAGUGAAUUCAUCAAGCCACCCCUCAAACCUGGACACAAAGAACUCAAAAACUAUAGAGAAGUGCUUCUUGACAGGGAAAAGUUAUAG